AUGGAGGAACAACUAGAUUAGUAAAAAUUGCAGCCUGAUUUUCAAGAAUCACAAAUUGACACUCAAUAAUAAAAUAGUAAUUCUCAAGAUCAACAAAGAUAGACUGAAUCUAACAUGAAUUAAAGUCAAGAUGGAUAGGUGAGGAAAUCUGCAAGAUUUAUUGAGUAAGAAGAAAUUUAAAAGUCAAAUAGCAAGAAUUCAAAGAGAUUUGUAGAUACUAUCAAAUUUGAUGCCAGUCUCUAUUAGUCUGCUGAUGAUGAGAGUGAAGAUGACAAUGAUGCAGCUAAUAAUAAUAACGGUACUUAAUAAAAUAGGAAUGAAGAGUAUGACAUUGAUUAAGCUAGAAAAGAGAGAUCUACUAAAAAAGAUCGUAAGUAAAAGCCGAGAAAUUUACAAAAGAAAGAAAUAGCUCCAUCAAUAAAUAAGAAUUAAUCACUCAUAGAGGAUAUUCAAAGAAGGGAGUAAGAGGCUUCAAAGUCUCGUAAAUUCAUUAAUAUCAAAGUUGAUCCUUGUUGUGAGAUUUCUAAAGUUUAAGUUGUGGACGACUAUUCUUGCUAUUUGCAGUAGAGUGAUAUCGCGUAUAAUGAAAAGGAAGCAACUAAGUUUUAUAAGAUGUAACUACUUGUAAGAGAUGAUCAAAAAAAGUGGUCUUUAUGGGUUCAAUAAGGGCGUGUUGGUUAUGAAUAAACUGCACCUACAAGGGUAACUGACUAUUACAAUAGAUAUGAUGGAAUAGUAGAAUUUGAGCUUAAAUUUAUUGAUAAAACAGGAAAUAAAUGGCAAGAUAGGGAGUUUUUCCAACAAAAACCAGGAAAGCAUAUAUUAAUAAAAAGAGAGCAUGAUAAAGAGUUAGUCAAAAAGAUGAGGGAAAAUGAAAAAUUGAUACUAGAAAUAAUUUAGGAGAGCAGGAGUAAAUAUGCAAUUCAAAAGGUCUAAGAUCAUAGUAUAAGGUAAUUAGUUGAGAUGGCUUGGAACUUUGAUUUGAUGAAAAAAAUAAAGGAAGAGAUGUCACUUGAUGUUGAAAGACUUCCAAUGGGGAAACUAUAAAAAGAUUCAGUUGUUAAAGCAUAUAAGAUUCUAAGGGAGAUCUCAAAGGUUAUUAUACAACAAAAAAAAAUUAAGGAGAAGAUUAAAAUCUUGGAGAGUCUUCAGCAUAUUGCUAACGCUGAAAAUUUGAUGAUAAAUUCAGAGACUGCUUUUGAAAAUACUCAGGCUGAAGCACAUUUGUCACUUAAUCUUAAAUUAAGGGGCAUUUAUACUACUAAGAAAUUGAGUGAGCAAUUGAGAUUCAUACCAUUUGAAAAAUAGCUUCACAAUAAAUUUUUGCUAUGGCAUGGUGUUAAGCAAGUUAAUCUUGCUUCAAAUUUAAGAGAGGGUUUAAAGAUGCCAGUUAAUGAAGCACCUUCAACCACCUAUAUGUUUGGAAAAGGCAUCUAUUUCACCGACUCUUCUUCCAAGGCUGCCAGGGAAAGUGUGCUUACUGGCACUAAAGUAGGUGAUGGAUUUCUAUUCCUAUGUGAAGUUGCCCUAGGUGAUAUGCAUAAAGCUUUCUAACCUAAUAAUUUUAAUAAGCCACCUAACUAUCAUCACUCAGUUUACGGUGUUGGACUAUAAAAACCUAAGCUUAUAGGUAUCAAAGACCUAAAAAGUGAAGAUUAGGAUUCAUUUAUGCCUAGUGAGUUAACUAUUUGCAGUCCAUAAGCAUUAUUCUUAAAUACAGGAAAGUUAGUACCAAAUCCAGAUUUGCAAGAAAAUAAAGGCAGCAAUAAAAUUGAUCAUAAGCUUAAUGAUUACAUCGUUUAUGAUGAAGCUCAAGUAAAGAUAAGCUAUCUGGUGCAUUUUACCUAUGAUUUAACCUCUAUGUGA